AAUGAAUUCAUGUUUUCUAAGAGCAUCUUCAACAUAAAUUAUUUCAACUCAGCUAAAGCAUUUUGCUUAGAAUUCUGGAGUUCUACAAAUUUGUUGCCCUCUUCCUUAAACGAAGCAUAUGCAGUAAUUGAGGGUUCAAAUUGGCUAUGCUACGUGCCGUUUUUGCACUAGUUUGGAGCUAAAUUUUACUCAUUCACGCGCUUGGUAAAUGUGAUAACACGACUGCUGAGAAAACGGGCUAAAAUAAUAUAUUUAUAAUGGUUGAGAAUAGUUUGGUGCAGUAAUAUAACCCAAAUUUUAGAUAUCUACUUAAAAAAACAGGCAUAAAUUUAAAGGGAAUUUUAUGUAUUUUCUAUAGAAUAUAAACUAAUUGAAUUACUCAUUUUAUAUUAUAACCUAUUUUCAACCCCAAAAGCAAAUGAACCGCGCUUUGGAAUUCUGUUAUACACGGCUCUAGGGUCCAUUACUCUAACAAGAAAAGAGUCUUAAGAGACAAAAAGCGAAAGGACGAAUAAUAUUCCAAGAGGGAAACACCCAUCUAUCGUUAUACAAGAUUGGUGAAAGGAAGAUAUCCGUAUAGGAACCUUGCAAAGAUUGCAUUUUUUGUUUUUGAAGGCAACUCCAGAAGUUUGUGUUUAUAUAUUUGUGUCAAGAACACCCAAUAGGGCCAAUAUCCGUAUAAGAAACCAUACGAAUAUUGCUUUUUUACUUCUAAUCUAACAAGAAGAACAAAAAAGAAAAUGGCGGAGGAGGAUGGUGAAGGGGAACAGAAGGAUAGAACAUCUGAGCCGUCUAAUAGGUGGGCAACUUUCAAUCGAGAUCUAAUGGCAGGGGCAGUGAUGGGUGGUGCUGUGCACACGAUUGUGGCACCAAUUGAGCGAGCAAAGCUAUUGUUGCAGACCCAAGAAAGCAAUAUAGCCAUCUUGAGGGGACCUCAUAGGAGGUUCAAGGGGAUGCUUGAUUGCAUAGGUAGCACUGUCAAGGAAGAAGGGGUUCUUUCCCUUUGGAGGGGUAAUGGUAGCAGCGUGCUCAGAUACUACCCUUCUGUGGCUCUCAACUUCUCUCUUAAGGAUCUCUAUAGGAAUAUUUUACACAGCAACUUUCAAGAUGGUCAUUUUUUGGCUGGUUCAUCAGCUAAUUUUAUUGCUGGAUCAGCAGCUGGUUGUACAACAUUGAUCAUUAUUUAUCCACUAGAUAUUGCACAUACACGACUCGCAGCUGACCUUGGUCGGUAUGAAGCUCGUCAGUUCCGUGGCAUUUACCACUUUCUGAGGACAAUACAUGAGAAAGAUGGAAUUCGAGGCAUUUACAGGGGGCUUCCCGCCUCUCUCCAUGGAAUGAUUGUUCAUAGAGGGCUUUACUUUGGGGGUUUUGACACUAUAAAAGACAGGAUGGCUGAAAAUUCGGAAGCAGAGGUUCCAUUAUGGAAACGCUGGGUGGUCGCUCAGGCAGUCACAACAUCUGCUGGCCUGUUUUCCUAUCCUUUAGAUACAGUUCGUAGGCGAAUGAUGAUGCAAUCUGGCGUAGAAAAGCCAAUGUACAGAAGCACAUUUGAUUGUUGGCGAAGGAUUUACAAGACAGAAGGAUUUACUUCAUUUUACCGUGGAGCUCUGUCUAAUAUUUUCAGAAGUACUGGUGCAGCAGCUGUUUUAGUGUUAUAUGAUGAGGUGAAAAAGUUCAUGAAUUGGAGUGGAUUAUAGCAUUAGGUGUUUCAGGUCAAUAUUAAUUAUCACACAAAUGGGAUUAAGAGUACCCAACUGUGGUACAAAGACCCAAAUAUGUUAGCCUUACUUGGUAGGGAUGCAUUUUGAUAGCCUCAAAAGUGAAACUUACAAUGUUGUAAAACAUGUCCUGAUUCUUUCCGCUUUUGGAUCACAAUAAAUAUCACUACAUUUUACUA